CACGUGAUGAUGUGAAACAAAACACCGAAUUAUGAUUCAGUUUCAGUUCCUUGAAAACGGGAAAAUCCGUUAUAUCCGCAGCGCUACCAACGACAGAGAUUCAGAGUAUCAAUAUGAGCGACUGCGUUACAACCAACGAUGAACCAAUAAUAGGAAUACUGACAAUGAAAACUGAUGGGAAGAAGGCAGAACAUGGAGAUACAUUUAUCCCAGCAUGCUUUGUAAAGUAUUUAGAGAGUGCAGGAGCUAGAGUAGUACCAAUCUUUCUCAAUCAGUCUCCAUCUUACUACAAGCAUAUAUUUGAUUCAAUCAACGGGAUUCUCUUCCCAGGUGGAGAUGUAGACUUGAUUACUUCUGAUGCUGCUGAAGCCGGGAAAAUCCUUUAUGAACAUGCCAUCCAGGCUAAUGAUAAAGGGGACAUAUUUCCAAUAUGGGGGACAUGUUGGGGAUUUCAGUUUCUAUUUGCAUUAGCUUGUGGGGAAGAUUUACUAACAAGUACUCCAGCACUCAGAGUUUCAUUUCCUUUGAUUUUCCAAAAAGGAUAUGAAACAAGUAAAUUAUUCAAGAAUGCCCCAGAUGACAUCAUUGAUAUCCUGGCCAAUCAGAAUGUAACAUUUAAUGCUCAUAAUGAUGGUAUUACUCCUACGACGUUCGAGAGAAAUGAAAAGGUGAAAAACUUUUAUAAGAUGUUAGCAAUAAACAUGGAUAAGAUUAACAAAGAAUUUAUUUCAAUGAUUGAAGAAUGCAGACUACGACUAAGUGACAGAGGUAUUAUGGGAUGUUGUAUUUUUCAAUCUAGUGAGCAGUAUCCAAUAUUGACUAUUUUUGUUUGUUUUGAGCGUUUUCCAAUCUAUAAAAUUGUUGGAGGUGUUGGGUAUACACCAGGCUCUGGUUACAUUUUACUGCUGUGUUUGCUUCAAGCUCUUAAAUAA